UCCCCUAGUCCUUUACCCCGGUGUCUCCCAGCCUUGCCACCCCGUUCCCUGCCCCAUUGGCCUCAACGGCGUCACCAUUGAGUGUCCCCAGCAGUGUAGUCAGGGUCUGGGGGUCAGGGCUGUUCUUCCUGAGAAAGCCUCCAAUUUCAGCUACUCCCUUCCUGUCCUGGGACAGACCAGCCCUCUCACUCCGCGCCCCCACUUCCAAGGCUGGUGAGGUGAGACCCAACCAACAUGACGGGUUUGGGUCCUUCAGGGCCUCAGAAGGGGCCCCAGCAUCCCGGAUCUCUCUUCUCAACUCUCCACCCUGUCUCCGUGGGCGUAGGCUGCUCAGCCUCUCCUCCCAGGGUGUGGGCACCCGAUCACCCACAUUCCUGGGCUCCAGCCUGGCUCCUUCCCCAGGGCAGUGGACGCCAUAGCAUUAGCCUCAGGCAGGGAAUGGGACCUGCCUGCUUCCUUUCCCUUCUCUCCCUUUUCAGGGAGACAGAUCCCAGAGUUACCCUCCUCUCCCCAUAAAGACCCAGGUAUUCUGGCUUCCUCCACGGAGGAGCCCUGGCCGGGAUGGAUGCAGGAUGACCCCGCCCUCCCCUGCCUAUUGUCCUGGAUCCUGAGGAGGAAGUGCUGGGGGCUGGGCAAGGGGUUUGGGGCCACAGGCAGGCCCUGUGGAUCCCAGUCCUUGGCUGUAUCUCCAGCCAUUGGACUUUGCCUGUUGGCAAUCCCUGCCUCUGUGUGGAGGUUGUGGGCCCUGGAUGGGAGCUGGUUUUUACUUCUCCCUGGCUGACCCCGUGUGGGAAUUUUAGGGUAGAUUUUAUGUUUGGGAUUUUCUCUCUUGUUUCUCUUCUGGGCUCCCAGUUUGUGCUUUUCCCCUGGAGUUCUCCUCCCUUUCUGUUCUCUCAUUUUUGUGUUUGUUGGCCUCGGUGUCUCUCCUUCCUUUUCCUCCCAUUAUUUCCUUCAUGGCAUGACCUCAAUUUUACUUUCUCUCUUGUGUCUCUUGUUUUCUUGGUGUCUGUGACUUUCUGCCCCCCCUUUUCCCCUUUCCUACCACCCUCAGUGUCUCUGCCCAUGAGUCCCUUUCUCAGAAUUGCCCUCUGUCCAGCCUCUCUAUCUGACGUUCGGUAAGCUUGUGAGUGGCGAGGAAUAAAAAUAUCACCAUCCCUGCCCUUGGAUUCACAUUGCAUUCGGCCACUCCAGAGGGACAUCAUUCUUACUUUUCCUGACAUUAUCCCCCACCUCUUGUCCUCUAAUCAUGCAACCCCAAACAUAUCUCUGGAGCCACAGGUGCCUCCUAACCACUCUUCCCCCACAACCAGGGUUUCCCCCACAGCCUCAGCUGGCGUGGCCAGGCCCCAAGUGUAGGAUGGGGCUCCUCCUACGAGGGCCGGUGGCAGCCAGAACUGAUACAGCCCCCGUGGUCUGGGGCCAGGACGACAGCUGAGGAGGGUGAAAGUAUCUGAAGUCAUGACUGGUGCCUCGGUGAAAGUGGCAGUGAGGGUUCGACCCUUCAAUGCCCGUGAGACUAGCCAGGAUGCCAAGUGUGUGGUCAGCAUGCAGGGCAGCACCACCUCCAUCAUCAAUCCCAAACAGAGCAAGGAUGGCCCCAAAAGUUUCACCUUCGACUACUCCUACUGGUCACACACUUCGGCUGAGGACCCCCAGUUUGCAUCUCAGCAACAGGUAUAUCGGGACAUUGGAGAAGAGAUGCUGCUCCACGCCUUUGAAGGCUACAACGUGUGCAUCUUUGCCUAUGGGCAGACCGGGGCUGGGAAAUCCUACACCAUGAUGGGGCGGCAGGAGCCAGGGCAGCAGGGCAUUGUGCCCCAGCUCUGCGAGGACCUCUUCUCUCGUGUUAGUAAGAACCAGAGCGCUGAGCUCUCCUAUUCUGUGGAGGUGAGCUAUAUGGAGAUCUAUUGUGAGCGGGUACGAGACCUUUUGAACCCCAAGAGCCGGGGCUCUCUGCGGGUCCGGGAGCACCCCAUCCUGGGCCCUUACGUGCAGGACUUGUCUAAAUUGGCUGUGACCUCCUAUGCAGACAUUGCCGACCUCAUGGACUGUGGAAAUAAGGCGAGGACUGUGGCUGCCACCAACAUGAAUGAGACCAGCAGCCGUUCCCAUGCCGUCUUCACCAUUGUCUUCACCCAGCGCUGCCAUGACCAGCUCACUGGACUGGACUCAGAGAAGGUUAGUAAGAUCAGUUUGGUGGACCUUGCUGGGAGUGAGCGGGCUGAUUCCUCAGGAGCCCGGGGCAUGCGCCUGAAGGAAGGUGCCAACAUCAAUAAGUCUCUGACUACUCUAGGGAAGGUGAUCUCUGCCCUUGCAGAUAUGCAAUCAAAGAAGCGGAAGUCGGAUUUUAUCCCUUAUAGGGACUCUGUGCUCACCUGGCUGCUCAAGGAGAAUUUGGGUGGGAACUCACGCACAGCAAUGAUUGCAGCCCUAAGCCCCGCAGACAUCAAUUACGAAGAGACUCUCAGCACCCUCAGGUAUGCUGACCGCACCAAGCAGAUCCGCUGCAAUGCCAUCAUCAAUGAGGACCCAAAUGCCCGGCUGAUCCGAGAGUUGCAGGAGGAGGUGGCUCGGCUACGUGAACUGCUGAUGGCUCAGGGGCUCUCAGCCUCUGCUCUGGGAGGACUGAAGGUGGAUGAGGGGAGUCCUGGAGGUGCUCUGCCAGCUAUAGCGUCUCCCCCUUCCCCAGCUUCACCCUCAUCUCCCCCUGCACACAAUGGGGAACUGGAACCACCAUUCUCCCCCAACACUGAGCCCCAGAUUGGGCCUGAGGAGGCCAUGGAGAGGCUGCAGGAAACAGAGAAGAUCAUAGCUGAGCUGAAUGAAACCUGGGAGGAGAAACUACGCAAGACUGAAGCCCUGAGGAUGGAGAGAGAAGCAUUGCUGGCUGAGAUGGGGGUGGCUGUCCGGGAGGACGGAGGAACCGUGGGUGUCUUCUCUCCGAAGAAGACUCCCCACCUGGUGAACCUGAAUGAAGACCCCUUGAUGUCGGAAUGUCUGCUCUACCACAUCAAAGAUGGCAUCACCAGGGUCGGCCAGGUAGAUGUGGACAUCAAGCUGACCGGGAAGUUCAUUCGGGAGCAACACUGUCUGUUCCGGAGCAUCGCUCAGCCGGAUGGAGAAGUGGUGGUCACCCUGGAGCCUUGUGAAGGAGCUGAGACUUAUGUCAAUGGGAAACUGGUGACCGAGCCACUGGUGCUGAAGUCAGGGAAUAGGAUUGUGAUGGGCAAGAACCACGUUUUCCGCUUCAAUCACCCGGAGCAGGCACGGCUGGAACGGGAGCGAGGGGUUCCCCCACCCCCAGGACCACCCUCUGAGCCUGUGGACUGGAACUUUGCCCAGAAAGAACUGCUGGAGCAGCAAGGGAUUGACAUCAAGCUGGAGAUGGAGAAGAGGCUGCAGGAUCUGGAGAAUCAGUACCGGAAAGAGAAGGAAGAGGCUGAUCUUCUGCUGGAGCAGCAGCGCCUGUAUGCCGACUCUGACAGUGGGGACGACUCUGACAAGCGCUCCUGUGAAGAGAGCUGGAGGCUCAUUUCCUCUUUGCGGGAGCAGCUGCCACCCACCACAGUCCAGACCAUUGUCAAGCGCUGUGGCCUGCCCAGCAGUGGCAAGCGCAGGGCCCCACGCAGGGUGUAUCAGAUUCCUCAGCGUCGGCGGCUGCAGGGCAAAGACCCCCGCUGGGCCACCAUGGCUGAUCUGAAGAUGCAGGCAGUGAAGGAGAUCUGCUACGAGGUGGCCCUGGCUGACUUCCGCCACGGGCGGGCUGAGAUUGAGGCCCUGGCUGCCCUCAAGAUGCGGGAGCUGUGUCGUACCUAUGGCAAGCCGGAGGGUCCCGGGGACGCCUGGAGGGCCGUGGCCCGGGAUGUCUGGGACACAGUGGGCGAGGAGGAAGGCAGCGGAGGUGGGGGUGGCGGUGGUGAGGAGGGAGCCCGCGGGGCUGAGGUGGAGGACCUCCGGGCUCACAUCGACAAGCUGACCGGGAUUCUGCAGGAGGUGAAGCUCCAGAACAGCAGCAAGGACCGAGAGCUGCAGGCCCUGAGGGACCGCAUGCUCCGCAUGGAGAGGGUCAUCCCCCUGACCCAGGAUCACGAGGAUGAGAGUGAAGAAGCCAGUGAGGCCACCUGGGCCAUGCCCCCAGGGUCAGAGGUGGUACAGGACGAAGUCCCCAGUGACCACGUGCCCUCAGCCCGGUCUACUUCACCACCCCUGUCAAGCUGGGAGCGGGUGUCACGGCUCAUGGAGGAGGACCCUGCCUUUCGUCGUGGCCGCCUUCGCUGGCUCAAGCAGGAGCAGCUGCGGCUGCAAGGACUGCAGGGCUCUGGGGGCCGGGGUGGGGGACUACGCAGGCCCCCAGCCCGCUUUGUGCCCCCUCACGACUGUAAGCUGCGAUUCCCCUUCAAGAGCAACCCCCAGCACCGGGAGUCCUGGCCAGGGAUGGGCAGCGGGGAAGCCCCAGCUCCACCCCAACCCCCUGAGGAGGUUACUCCCCCACUGGCCACCCCUGCCCCUGCCCCUGCCCGCAGGCCCCCAAGUCCCCGAAGGUCCCACCGUCCCCGCAGGAACUCCCUGGAUGGAGGGGGCCGAUCUCGGGGAGGAGGUUCUGGGCAGCCUGAACCCCAGCACUUCCAGCCUAAAAAGCACAAUUAUUAUCCCCAGCAGCCCCAACCAUACCCAGCCCAACGGCCCCCAGGGCCCCGCUACCCCCCUUACACUACUCCCCCGAGAAUGAGACGGCAGCGCUCAGCCCCUGACCUCAAGGAGAGUGGGGCAGCUGUGUGAGUCCCACAUCCUGGGCAGAGAGGGCCUGGCUGGGGCCCCUUGCUGGGAGGAGAGAAGAUGCCUGAGAUGCUGCUUCCCCAGAAGCCCUGGGGCAGGGAGGCCCUAGAGAUGAGAGAGAAGGUUCGAGUAGGUGCUAGAUGACUUGGGAGUGAUGGGUGAGUGAGGGGCUGGAGGCUGAAGGAAGGAAGAGGGCACGGAGUUGCCAGGAGCAAACCAAAGUGAAGGAAGAGCGAUGGGAAGCUGCCUGGGGCCGCCCCUUGCAGAGGGGAGUCCCACAAACGCUGCUAUGGGUGGGGUGGGGGCUGGGAUGCUGUGUAGCCAGUGUUUGACUUUCUUUUCAAGUGGGGGCAACAGGGAGAGAACAUAGAGUGAGGCAAGUUCUCUUCCCCAGCCCUUGUCUGUCUGUCUGUGGUGGUUUCUGUUUCCAGGGAGGUGUGGCCAGAUCAUAAGUCAUUCCCCUCCCCUUCCAGUCCUCCUGCUAUAAAUGGAGGACCUGUCUGGUUUCUGGUUUGGCUGGGGUCACAUGAGGAUGUGGGACCCUUCAAUAAAGGAUAGCAAACAGAG